AUGCCAGCUCUCUGCUCCGGUAGAGGUGGUCCGGAACACGCACCUUUCACACUGCGGAUACCGAUGUCGCCAAGCACUUACCGUUGCGUUGAGAGCAGUCGACGUCGUACUAGAACUCUUCUCCGCAUGUUGCAACCUAAGCAAGCUUGCUUCUGCCCCUUGUUGUGA